AAACUUUGCGAGGUUAUGUUUUGGUAUCUUACAAUCCAAAUAAUCAAAUUCUACAGAUCAAAUAUAUUUUUUAUUUUGUAAAAAGUUCUCCAUGAAUGAAAAGGAAGCCAAAUUUGGGUCAUAGUCAUAUUAAAAAAGAGUCAUAAAUUCAACAUGAUACUGUUUCCAGAGGAAAUAUUGAAGACGCAAAUAUGUUCUUGCUGCAAAAAGUACCUUUCGUUUGGUCCAAUCAAAGUUUCUAUCUCGGAAGGAGUGAUAUGUGGAAGAUGUUCAAAGAACGGAGAAGAAACAGCUCCUUCACUGCUGAAUAAUAUUAUUAAGAACGUCAUUUUUCCAUGUGUGAAUCGUUUCGAUGGUUGCAGUGAACUCCUCAAAUGCGAAGAUGUGCCACAACAUGAAAGUGUCUGUACGGGUAGUCUCCAUCCAUGCCCAAUUUGUGUCAACCAUUCCAACAACCAAUUGGUGGAAUAUUCAUUGUUGUCUCUGAUUCAUCAUUAUCAGAUAUUGCAUAGCAAAUACUAUCUGACAAACCCUCUGCUUUCUAUUAGUACAAACAGUGUCAAAGAAUCUAAUUAUCUUUACUGCAGUGAAUAUAAAAACAUCUUGGCAUUUAUUAAUGUUAAAAUUAUCGCUGGACAGCCAUAUGUAAAAAUUGUUGCAUUGGGUAAUAGUAAAAAUAAAAUAGUUUGCAGCUUGAAUUGCCAUAACAUAAUUGACAAUGUUGUUACGCAAUCUUCAUCGAGUACACCGGCUGGAGAGUUUUAUUUUGAAUUAUUAUCAGCAGCCAAUUCUGAUAAUGUUUCAGAUAAAAUGUGUCUCGAAUUAGAACUUUCAUUGCUAAUAACCACUUCAUCUAUCAGUGGCGAGGAAAGUACAGGUAUUGGAUCAAAAUUCAAACCUGAAGACUUUAAAUAUUAUGGUGAACCAUAUGAUGACUUUAUGCUGAAAUGCAUGCCUGAUUUCAUUCCACACCAAAAUUAUCAAGACUAUUAUAGAGGUCGUAAUCAUGAUUUAAAAAAGAUUCAAAAAAAAAGUAUUGCUGGGAAAAUCUAUACAAUACAACAAAAUGGGUAUCAUCUUUAUGAUGUAAUGUGCGACUUUUGUGAGAACUAUUUUUUAUUGACUGGCACCUAUUCUUACGUGUAUUACUACGACGAUUUACCUACAGAAAUAAAGAUUUGUGAUAAUUGUCGUGCAUCUUGGUGCCCUCAUCCCAACUUGUGCAAGUCUAUGGAAAGAAAAAGAUGCUUCUUCUGUCAACAUUCUUCUCCUGAAGAGGUGCACAUAAACAUAAGUUUUUAUUGUAGGUACCACUGUGGGACAGCAAUAGACAGCAAUGUAUUCGAUCAUGAAAAAACUUGCCCUAAUAAUCGAAAAGCUGCACUUUCUGAUUCUGAAUUUGCUAAAUUCUACUUCGGAAAUUAUUUCAUUGGUAGUUCUAAUAAAUACAAAUCUGCUGUAAUCCGUAACAAUAAUAUGAUUGUUUUUGAACAGCAAUUUUUGGGGCGCCACGGAAGAAUCUACAUGGUUACUGAUUCUGGAUUUUGCUGCAUUAUAUUUUAUAAGAGUGACAAAUCAGACCUUCAGUUUUCGGUAGCCCAUAAAUAUCCUGUGGAUAAAUAUUAUACUUUAUUUAAGAUAGUAGACAAUGAAAACCAAUCAUUUCGAGAAGAAAAAGAUAGUUUCAAAGUAAGUUUGCAAAUUGAAAAAUUCUUCUUUGUUGUUGCUCCAAGAGAAUAUUCAGAAUGACCAUUUGAAAAACAAAAAGCCGCAAUACUUUUUUUUUUGUUUUGAAUAAUGACAUCUAACUAUCUCACACACAUUUGAGUACUAAUGAUGAGUAAUUUUUUACAAAUACCUUUUUCCCACAAGUACUUAUUGCAUAAAUCGAUAAUCUGUUCUUAAGAUGCAUACAAGUAGGUACCUGAAGCAUCUUUAUCGAAUUUUCACACUUGCGAUUCCAAUGCACAGCGAUAUUGGCUUUUGAUCUCUAUGCUGUUAAUCUGUUAAUUUUUUUAAUUUGUACCUACUUAACAUGAGGCCUGUUCAGACAGAAAACACAAACCAGUUCGGAUGUUAUUGAUGGUCUGUGAUUUCUUGUAUAAGACGCCCUAAUAAAGAAGUUUUUUUUUUGUUUAUAUAAAUAUCGAUUUAGUUUAAAGAUUUGAAUAAUGUUCAAGUACCCAAUAAAGUUUGAUGUCUAUAAAU